CUUCAGUCUGAUUUACUUUCUACUGAUUCUACACUCUACGUAACGGACGUAAUCCCGUCACGCUCGGCAGCGUUCGGCGAGCCGCACCGAAUGCACCUGGCAGACGAUUCCGAAAGUUAUUCUGGAAAAAUGCAUUCCUGUCAGCGUCCCUCGCACGGUUGACGCGAUGUCCGAAUCGAACUCGCCCAAAACAGACACGAGUAGCUCCAGCAUCUUGCGACAAUUCCGCUUUCAAAAAAGACAAACGAAGGCCAUGAACUUGUCGGACGAGGACAGUAAUUUGGUGGCUCCUGAUAUACAUAUGCGUCGUAAACCUGUAAAUCGCAUUGAAGAUAGUGAUAGCGAUGUUGGUAGUCCAGUUAAGCUAAGUUCGGACUGUAAUGCCAAAGGUAAAGAGAAUAAAUUAAAGUACCUGACAACUUUGUAUCCACAGAAUGAUGCAACGCAUAUACAGGAAGUACUUAAAAGUACCAAUUGGAACGUCGAAGAGGCAGAGGAGACACUUAAAAAAAAUAGGAAAAGAGGUUUGAAGGCAUCUGCAAAAACUAGAAAAAUGAAAAGAAGGAAAUUAAAUGAAGAUGAGGAUAUAGAUAUCGAUUCAGAUGAGGGAGAUUACAACAAAGACAAAGUAUUUAAUAGUGAUGAGGAUUCGGAUGUAGAGAUAUCUAAUGAGCUCACAGGUGAUAAAAAGGCAGUUUUAGAAUUUAUGCAGAAUGCUGUACUUGCGGAACUGCUUCUGAUGUCCCAAUGUUCUUUAAAGAAAGCCCAAGCCAUUAUAGAUGCAAGGCCAUUUGAAGAUUGGAGAGACUUAGUGAAUAAAUUUCAAAAUACAAAAUAUUUAGAUACAGAAUUAUUGAAUGCAGCUCAGGUAUUACUAUCUACACGUCAUGCGGUAGAACUUCUUAUGAAAAAAUGCCUUCGUUUGUCAAUCAACAUGGAAAAAGCUAUAGCUGCUGGCGCAUCAUCCAUAACACAGCAGCCAAAAGCAUUAUCGCCAAAUUUGACAUUAGCUCCGUAUCAAAUAGUUGGCCUAAAUUGGCUUGCUGUUAUGCAUACACAGAAUGUAAAUGGUAUACUAGCCGACGAAAUGGGUUUGGGAAAAACGAUACAAGUGAUAGCUUUCUUGACAUAUCUGAAAGAAGCUAAUCUUCUUGAUGAAAAGGAUGGGCCUCAUUUAAUUGUCGUUCCCAGUUCAACUAUGGAAAAUUGGAUGGAUGAGCUAGAAAGAUGGUCACCUAGCUUAAAAGUAGUACAGUAUUACGGCUCUCAAGAGGAACGGAAAGAGAUGCGAAUGGGUUGGCGAAAUGGUGAUCUUGAUGACGUCGAUAUUCUAUUAACUACAUAUAGUUUAAUAUGUAGUACUCCAGAAGAGCGUAGACUAUUUCGCGUUAUGCCGUUGAACUAUGUAGUCUUUGAUGAGGCACAUAUGCUUAAGAAUAUGAGCAGUGUUAGAUACGAAAAUCUUGUCAGAAUUAAUGCUAAGCGUCGAAUUCUAUUGACUGGUACACCUCUACAAAAUAAUUUAUUGGAAUUAAUGUCUUUAUUAAUAUUUGUAAUGCCUUCAUUGUUUGCUGGGAAACAAGCCGAUUUAAAAAGCUUAUUCUCUAAAAAUCCUAAAGCACCGAGUGAUAAAAAGAACGGAGAACAGCCGAUGUUCGAAAGAGAACAAGUUAAAAAUGCAAAAGAAAUUAUGCGACCGUUUGUUCUUCGACGACUUAAAGUUGAAGUUUUACGCGAUUUACCCCAUAAGAAAGACGAAAUAAUACGAUGUACAUUAAUUGAAAAACAGCAAAGUAUGUAUAACAAAUUAGUUGCUCAAUUUUCAGCAGAGGCCAGCGAAAUUACAGAUGUAAAUGGUACUGGCAUGAUGAUGCAGUUGAGGAAGCUCGCCAAUCAUCCCCUUCUCGUACGUGAUUAUUACGAUGAGAAUAAACUAAAUACUAUGGCAAGUAGACUGGCGAAAGAACCAGGUUACAAACAGAAAAAUCCAGAAUACGUCUUUGAAGAUCUGAUUUGGACAUCUGAUUACCAAAUAAAUCAAUUAACUCGUAUAUACAAAAGUAUAGCCGGAUUCGGUUUGCCCCAAGAACUUAUUCCUGAAGCUGGUAAAUUAAAAGAACUGGAUAAGUUACUACCACAAUUGAAAACGGAUGGUCACAGGGUACUCAUAUUUAGCCAAUUUACUAUGGUAUUAGACAUACUUGAAGAAUAUCUAGCUAUUAGGGGGCAGACAUUUUUAAGACUAGAUGGCAGUACACCUGUGACUGAGAGACAGACUCUUAUAAAUAAAUACACAGAAGAUUCAAGUAUAUUCAUUUUUUUAUUAUCAACAAGAGCUGGAGGUUUAGGGAUCAAUUUAACUGCUGCCGAUACAGUUAUAUUACACGAUAUAGAUUUUAAUCCGUACAAUGACAAACAAGCAGAAGAUCGAUGUCACCGUGUGGGACAAAAGAAACCCGUUUCUAUCAUAAGGUUAUUAUGCAAAGGCACAAUAGAGGAAGGCAUGUACGAGAUAGCGCAAGAAAAAUUACAUCUUGAACAACAAAUUACUGGAGGUGAAGAAAAUGAAAAUGCGGAUAAAAAGUCUGUUCUAAAAUUAUUGAAGAUGACUAUAGGCCAAGAUGUUCACAAUAAAUCUUUAUCAUCGAUGAAAAAUACCAAUAAAGAAACCGACGUUGAAAAUGAUAAAAAUUUGUGAAUAAGGGAAAUUUU